CGUAUACCUCUCACCCAGCAUUUCCUGUAACAAAGCCUGUCUCUCCCCCCAGCCAUUCCCUCAGUGUUUCUCUCACAAAGCUUUUCCCUUCGUAUACCUUUCGCCCAGCAUUUCCCGUAACAAAACCCUUCCCUCCCCCAGCCAUUCCCUCAGCGUUUCUCUCACAAAGCUUUUCCCUUUGUAUACCUCUCACCCAGCAUUUCUUGUAACAAAGCCCUUCCCUCCCCCCAGCCAUUCCCUCAGUGUGUCUCUCCCCCAGCCAUUGAAAAGAACAUGCGAAGAGGGAAAACUUAGCAGCUGCAAUGCUUCCUCCUCUGCCCUGCAAUGACUGGACUUCCGGGUUACAGCAGGAUAUCCUGUGAGGAGGAGAGCUGUUGGGGGUGUGCACGUAAGGUUCCAUACUGAGGGGCUGUAUCGGCUUUCUUCAAAAAUGUAUCCAUAGCAUGGAGAGGAGUGUUAUUUUGGACUUUGUGUAAAUGGAAGGUAAAUAAGUCAAAUGCAGCUGGACAUGGGUAUUAUUUGGAGGGUAUUUGAAGAUGGAGAGCACAAGUGAUGAGCAAAGGUGCAGAUGACAAAUAGCAAACUGUGAAUGAGUGCUGCAUGCAUUACAGCACCGGGGAAGUCACAGGUCUGGCCACUCACCCCCAGAAUUAAUUGAAAUUUUCUACAACGGCCAGUGGGGCAAUUAAGUGAUUGGCUGGAAGAGAUAGUGUCAUGUGAUGCUCUUAGUUCAUCCAACAUGGCUUCUCCCAGAUGAGUGCUCAGGCUGCUAGCAGAAUGUGAGUUUGGGUGUAUAGAGUCCUAGGGUAAAAGGCUGCUAGGUAUGGCCUGUAGGAUUACUGGCAUGAGAGCCCUUCACGGGAUAUUAUUGCUGGCCGCUGCCCUGGCGGUUUUUGCCUUUUAUUACCUGGGGUCAGGAAAGGAGAAUUUCUCUAGUACCACCAGGCGGAUUAAAGAGAACCGGGCAGCCCAGAGCACCAGCACUGAACUAGACCUCAUUGACGCCGCCUCCUCAGAACUGAAGCUGAGUGAGAAGGGAAAGAUCCUAGAGAGCCGGGGGCCACUGGACUAUCACUUACUCAUGAUGUUUACUAAGGUGCACAGGAACCCAGGGCUCCGGGACAAGUUCCAGGUCGCACUCAGUUCGCUCAUCAAAUAUGGCAAGUUUGAAAGUAACGAGGUGCUCUGCCUUCACUUUGUGUCCGACGAGCCCAGCAAAGAGAUAGGAAAAUCCCUGCUAAAGGACCUGCUGCAAGGGGCCAGCUUCAAGUAUAAGGUCAUAUUCCAUGAUGUGGGUAUGCUGACAGAGAAACUCUUUCCUAUAGUGGAAGCCAUGCAGAAACACUUCAGUUCUGGCUCUGGGACCUAUUACAGUGACUCAAUCUUUUUCCUGUCUGUGGCACUUCACCAGAUAAUGCCUAAAGAAAUAUAUCGGAUCAUUCAGCUGGAUCUGGAUCUGAAGUUUAAGACCAACGUCAGGGAACUGUUUGAGGAGUUUGACAACUUUAUGCAUAUGUCAAUAAUUGGAAUAGCACAAGAAAUGCAGCCUGUGUACAGGCAUACAUUUUGGCAGUAUCGCAAAGAGAACCCAUCAACCAAGGUUGGUGAGCCUCCACCUGACGGAAUGCCUGGGUUCAACAGCGGAGUGAUGCUACUGAAUCUAGAAGCGAUGAGGCAGUCCAGACUUUACAAUGAACUUCUGGAACCUAAUGCUGUUCAGCAACUUGCUGAAAAAUACCACUUUAAAGGCCACUUGGGAGAUCAAGACUUUUUCUCCAUGAUUGGGAUGGAGCACCCAGAACUGUUCUAUGUUCUGGACUGUGGCUGGAACAGGCAGCUCUGCACCUGGUGGAAGGACCAUGGCUACAUGGAUGUUUUUGAUGACUAUUACAGAUGUGAAGGCAACAUCAAGAUUCUUCAUGGCAACUGCAAUACUCCAAUUCCAGAAGAAUAAUGCUUACAGCAAAUGGAGGUUAUUAGAGGAUAUUAUAAAAACCCACUGUCCAGAUCUAAUUGAUUUCUAGUAACCUCUUGUGCUCUCAGUGAUACAUUCACAUUCUGCAACAAAUUGCAAAUAUCUGAUAACAGUGCAGUAUCUUGUAAUGGGCAGCACCCUCUAUUUUAUUUGUACUCCUGUUUUGUGAAUAAAUGCUAUUGUGAAAGAAUGUUUUCCUCAUGACAACUUUGAGCUCAUUGCAGCUUUGGAUUCCUUGCACAGCAUUUGGUUAAUUCUGUAUCAGGAUUCAGACUUAGGUGUCAUUAUGACUGUAGAUGAGACAACUUGACAUCACUAUUCAUAGAUGUUGAACUGAAGUCCCCUCUCCCCUAUACAUCAGUAAAAUAGAUGUAGCACAGAUUAUUCUGUGACAAAGAUAUAUAUUAUCCAAAAAAGGAAAACUUGCGUGUUUUCAUGGAGGUAUUUUAGAGACUUGUUACUGAUUUAGUGUGUCACGGAAGACUUUCUGUAGAAGGGCACAACAUG